AUGACGGAACGGAAAGAAGCAUCGAUGCACUUAUCUCUCUUCGCAUCAGAAACUAUAAUGGAUUGGGGGGUGGAAGUUUUGGAAAGUAGUGAAGCCGCAUUAGACUCAAACUCAACCCUGGACGAUAAACGACCGAAAACACCCCCAGCUGACUAUGGGCCGUCACUUAUUCCGCCAACAACAAAUAGUGGCCGAGCGAUUUUUUUACUGCCUAAAACUCGAUUUGUAACUCCAAUAUUAGGAGAGAAUCCACUAUCGAAUGAGUUUUCUGUCGAUGACUGUGUUAAUAUCAGAGACGAUAAAUCGGCAAUGUUGUUUUCUCCGACGACUAUGGGGAGGUUGCGGCUAAUCCAUAAAGAUACUGUAUUCAUAACCGGGAAGGAAGGACGUGAUGACGCUCUUCUUGUAUUGGCUGAUGAAGACUGUAAAGAUACUAAUGUCAAGAUUAAUGAAGCUGCUAGAAACGACCUUUGUGUGAAUCCCGGUGAUCUGGUAACAAUUCGAACGUUUCCUGGAACCAUUAACUAUGCUUUUCGCAUUCAAUUUCGGCCGCUUGAUAAUACGGACUGGAGUGUGGUCAACGACUUGUUCGAAUUCUAUCUCAAACCAUACUUCCGGGACGCAUGUCGGCUGAUUAGCAGGGAUGACCUCUUUCUUGUAAACAAUGGCACACAUACCGUAAAGUUUAAAGUUGUGGAGAUUGACCCACUAGAUUACUGUUUUACGAGACACGCUAUUAUGUUGUGA